AUGGACGGCAACUUGACGCACCCCGCUCCGGACGUCACGACCACCUUGGCUUGGUCGCGCAUCUCGAACCAACUCGGACACUGGAACGACCGCAAAGUCAUUGCCAUUCCUCUGAGCGACUUCCUUAACACCGACCCUGUCACUCAGUCUGGCAUCAUCGCCAGCUUCAAGAAAGCGACUGGUGAAGAGGGCAUGUUUGCUCGCGAUCCCGAGUCACUGGGAAUCAUGCUUCUUGGCCCCGCCAAGCUGUUCAAGCCCGAUGGUGUCGUCGUCGACGGCAACCUUUUCUGGGAUCCCAAGGGCAUCCAUGCUUCGGCACCCAAGGAGCAGCAGAAGAAGGUCAAGAUUCCUCGCCCUCCCAACGCCUACAUCUUGUACCGAAAGGACCAUCAUCGUGAGAUCCGCGAGCGGAACCCCGGACUCCACAACAACGAGAUUUCGGUCAUCGUCGGCAACAUGUGGCGUGAUGAGCAGCCGCACAUUCGCGAGAAAUAUUUCAACAUGGCCAAUGAGAUCAAGACCAGACUGUUGCUGGAGCAUCCCGACUAUCGCUACGCUCCACGUCGGCCUCAAGACAUUCGCAGGCGCGUCUCGCCGUAUCUCAAGAUCAAGCUCCUCAACUAUGACGCUCAUGGCAACCUUCUUUGGGGCACCGUCAACGGCGAGGAUGCUGCGCUAAUUCGGACUCAUUUCCACGGAGUCGUUCGUGUUGAGGAAAUGGAUGAUGGCUGCAGAAUUGUCUGCCGUCCCGUCGCAGGAUCUAGAAAACUUCGCGCCGCCGUUGUCGACACAUGGAUGCCUCGCUAUACGGUUGAUCCAACCCCCCCCGCUGAGGACGACGAUGCCGCGGCACAGGCUUUCAACUUCAACGACCCCAUGGACCCCUUGGCCGGCGCUUAUUUCCCUGUGAAUGAUCACCUCUGGGUCACCGUCAACCAAACCCCUCCCUUCAAUGCCCCUCCCCCCAAUCCCCACCCACACCUGGGUUUCGUUCACCCCGACGGCAUGGAGGCAGUUAUUCACAACGUUCAGGACAUGAUUGCCCAGGUCCAGGAGGCCAAUCAGGCUGCUGCCGCUAACGCCACCUCCGCUACCACCGCUGCGCCUGCCGUCACUCAGGUUAUGGCUGACAAUACCAUCAACCCAGCCCUCAUUCCCACUGUGAACACUAAUGCGACCGUUCUUCCUCACGUCCACACCAUUCCCGACAACGCCACCGUCACGCCUUCCGCCACUGGAAAUUCGGUUCACGUUGUUACACCCGGUCACCAGGGGUAUCACCUCAUCAACUGGCCCCCGCUGUCCAGUGAAAACAUGGAUACCGAGGACUGA